AGUAAAAUUCUAGUACCUACGCGCCACGUAACUAAAGACUUUUGCAUACUUAGACAUUUCUAUACACGCUAUUACGCGCAGUUUUUACGGGCAUGCGCGCAGAUGAGUUGAUGUGUCAAAAUAUAAAUUAUUAUGUAUGUCACUGCAGCAUAAUAUAUCAUACAAAUUUACUGAGAGUGGUAUUAUAAUAGUAUAUGGUGACAUUGAUUAUUUAGGACUUGUGGUAAUUUCAACUGUUUCAGUAAUUUUAAAAUGUUCAUCCGCAAACCGUCAGGGAACCUAAAACGGAAGGGCUUCAGUCAGGACCCAUACCUGAUAAUAGCGACUGUGUUUUACACGGCAUCGCUGACGGUGUCUACUAGCUUUCAAGACAACUUGCUAACUAGAAAAUCCUGCGAGCCGUUAAUUCCGUUCGGUGAAUGCCUAGUUGGUGUUUAUGAAAGUCAACACCUGGUGUAUUCGAGUACUAGUGUCUUACAGUAUUUAAUUUCUUUCACAGUUGCUUUAAUUGCAGGUGCAUGGAGUGACAGUCAGGGAAGAAGACGUAAACCUUUGAUUAUCUUACCGAUUAUAGCACAGGUCUUAACAGACGGCUUAAACUUUGGCAUAAGCCAUUGGAAUUGGUUUAAUUAUCAUUAUAUUAUCUUGCAAUGGAUAAGUCCUGCACUCUACGUUGGUCGAAAUAUUUUCUGGGUUGGCCUGAUGUCAUAUGUAUCAGAAAAUUCAACUGUCAAAUCAAGGACUUUACAACAUGGAAUAAUAAUUGCAACUUAUCCUAUAAGUUCUUUAAUGGGUGCGGGAUUGGUUGCAUUAUUAAAAAUAGUCGUACGAUAUCGUGCUUAUGAUUUUCUGUUUUUUGUACCAAUAUUGUUAAAUUUGAUUGCUUUAUUGGUUGUGGAUUUGCGCGUCAAGGACACAUCUGACUCUUGUAAUAGAGAAAUUGUGUGGCAGAGACCAAAAUAUGUUCUCAAGGAGUUUACCGAUAUAUUUAAGGAUAAAUUAAAGAGCUCAGCUGUUGUAUUAGCUAUAUUGAUAAUAUGUCAAUCAAUAUUAGUAACUAGAAUAGGAUGUGACUAUGAUUUAGUAAUGAAUUAUGUAACUUCAUCACGUAUGUACCAUAAUGAUGAAGAAGUUUAUUUUGCUGUUUUAAAAAUGAUGGCCUUAUUUUUCGGAACUGUGUUUUCGGUUUCGGUUUUAAGUCAUUGUAUGAAAAUAAACGAUUUACUAAUUAGUAUUUCAGUUUGCUGCUUUUAUAUCGCAGCCGCUGUAUGCUACAUUUUUGCCGAUCUAUUUUUUCAAAUAUUUUUGAUUACAAUCAUUUAUUUAUGCCAUGGAACAGCAAUCACUAUUGUUAGUUCGUUAACAUCUAAAUUGGUGCCAAUCGAACAACUCGGUCGUUUAAAUGCCAUACAAAUGUGUAUGAACUCUUUACUGACUCUUGUUGUAGUUACGGCUUAUCAAUUUGUAUUUAAUCCCAUGUAUAGUUCUAGAUGUGACAAUUUGUGUCUGUUCUGUAUAUUAUACGCUGUUUUGACUUUACCCAUAUUAUAUGUGUUUUCGAUUUUGUAUUCCAAGUACAAACAUGUCUGGCAAAACGAUACCACUGAAGACAAACAAUAUAUAUACGUCAUAAGUUAAUAAUGUUUUAAUGUUAUUUUAUAUUUUAUUUGUGGAAAUUGAAUACACAUAAUUGUUGUUAAUCAACUUUUUAAAACAGAAGGAAAAUUAUAUUAUUUGUUUAUUUUUGCUUUAAA